UCUUCUCUCUCUCUCUACGCUGGCCGAGAGCGAAAACGAGAAGUUGGUGGAGCACUCAAAGCCCCCAUGGGUCCUCUGCUCUCCUCCUCUUCCUUUUAACUCUUCAACGACGACACCCACUGUAGAGAGAGAAAGAGAAGAGAGAGAGAGGGGGGGAGGGAGGGUCACAUUUUUGUUGGCGUAAUUAAUGAGCAGCGAGAGCUGUUUUGGGGAGCUUCCUCUGUUUGCAUUCGGGGGCUGGGCUGCCCUCUUGUUUUUUCUAAUCGUCUGUUAGAUCAGAAUCGGCCCUGAUUGAGGAGGGUGGCAUCAGCUGCUGCAGCUCUCAUCUCUCUCGAUCUGUUGUAGCUUUCUCCCGUCUUCUUCCUCCUCCACCUCCUGGUCUUGCUUGCUCCUCUGCUUCUUCUCUUACAUGAGUCUAUGGACCGAAUUGUGGAGCAACGGCAGCAGCCUUCGAAUGCCCAGAGGGGCUUCCGGGUCCAAGCUCCACUGGUUGAUUCCGUGUCAUGCUAUUGCAAGGUUGAUUCGGGGCUAAAAACAGUUGUUGGUGCCAGAAAGUUUGUUCCCGGUUCAAAGCUCUGCAUACAACCUGACAUCAACCCUAAUGCGCAUAGAACCAAGAACUCUCGCAGAGAGAGAACUCGAGUCCAGCCCCCUCUCAUUCCAGGCUUACCUGAUGAUCUGGCCAUUGGGUGUCUGAUUCGGGUUCCACGAGUUGAGCACAGGAAGCUGAGGCUUGUGUGCAAGAGAUGGUACCGCCUCCUCACUGGAAACUACUUCUAUUCCCUGAGGAAGAAUCUUGGUUUAGCAGAGGAGUGGGUAUAUGUGAUGAAAAGGGAUCGCGAUGGGAGAAUCUCGUGGCAUGCCUUUGACCCUACUUACCAGCUCUGGCAGCCCCUGCCUCCAGUCCCUAGUGAAUACUCAGAGGCCCGGGGAUUUGGGUGUGCUGUUCUGAGUGGGUGCCACCUGUACUUGUUUGGAGGGAAGGACCCGCUGAGGGGAUCUAUGAGGCGGGUUGUGUUCUAUAGUGCUCGGACUAAUCGAUGGCACAAGGCACCCGAGAUGCUGAGGAAGCGACAUUUGUUUGGAUUUUGCGUAAUUAACAACUGCCUUUACGUAGCGGGCGGGGAGUGCGAUGGGAUCCAGAGGACCCUCCGAUCAGCUGAAAUUUACGAUCCUAACCGGAACAGGUGGAGCUUCAUCUCAGACAUGAGCACGGCUAUGGUGCCCUUCAUUGGAGUGGUCUAUGAUGGGAAGUGGUUCCUGAAGGGACUAGGGACCCAGCGGGAGGUCAUGAGUGAGGCAUACUGUCCCGAGACCAACAUGUGGGCCCCAGUUCGUGAUGGGAUGGUGGCAGGGUGGCGGAACCCAAGCAUCACCCUUAAUGGUCAGCUCUAUGCCCUGGAUUGCCGGGACGGAUGCAAGCUUAGAGUUUAUGACAAGGCCUCUGACUCGUGGAACCGGUUUAUAGACAGCAAACUCCACUUAGGGAGUUCCAGGGCUCUCGAGGCUGCUGCCCUCGUCUCACUUAAUGGGAAACUCUGCAUUAUUAGGAACAACAUGAGCAUCAGUCUAGUUGAUGUUUCAAGCCCUGAUAAGCAUGUAGAGACAAACCCCCAGAUAUGGGAGAAUAUUACCGGGAGAGGACAUUUUCGGACAAUCGUUACCAACUUGUGGUCGAGCAUAGCAGGGCGGAGCGGAUCAAAGAGUCAUAUCGUCCACUGUCAGGUGCUCCAAGCCUGAGAGUCUUGAGAGCUUUUGAUUGUUGUUCCUCUAUCAUGAACUGGUUCAAGCCUUCAUGCUGCGGCUGUGAGACUGAACGAGCUUUGUCUAGCAUAACCUGGGGCCACUGCACUGACUUAAUAUUGCUUAUGGGUAAAAGGAUUUUUGGUUGAGGUGAUCUAUAUAUGAUGUUGUUGAGCUGAGUAUCGAGAAGUUGAAGGAUCUUAUGGCAUAAUUGAUACCCGAGAGCAGAGAAAAUGUGCCCAUCUGCUGUUAAGAGAUUCGAUCAUGGAGUGGAUUGACAGGGCUUCUCAGGAGGGACAUACCAGGACAGGGAUAAGGCGACUUUGGUUUUUGACAAAAUGGGGAUGAAUUCGGAAGCAGAUUGCUGUAAAAAAUGUUGCUGCCGGGCUCUAGUUCGGGUCCGUCCAUUUUUUACUUUCUCUCCCUCUCUUUUUUUUUUUUUUGCCUAAAAGAAAAUUUCGGUUUGACGUUGUUUAUGGCAUUGCUUCAGCCUUCAGCAGUACUAGGUAUUAUUCUCGGAGAGAUUUCUUAGUAUUCCCCCUUCCCGUUUUGUGUAUAUACGUAGUUGCAGUCUCAUAGAUUGUAUGUUGUGCUGUAUCUCUCUCUUUUGUUUCAAGCAAAGGAGCAGUGUGAAUCCGCUUAUCCCGAA